AUGCCAAAUCGUGGCAAACGACCCACUGCUUCAGAGGCGCCUGGGGAACCCUCUAAGACCAAAAAACUCCGGCAAACUGUACUGGGUGAUGGAAAAAAAGGUCUGGACUUCGCCUCGUGGAGCGUCACAGACUCUUUGGCGAUCUUCACUCCACCGAACACAAAGAACUCUUCCAAGGUGUUAGCGCUUGACAUGGAUGGUACCAUUAUUGUUCCUGCUUCUGGUCGCGUUUUUCCCAAGGAUGCAAACGACUGGAAACUCAUGUUGACCAACAUUCCAGAAGUCUUAAAACGCUAUGACAAUGAGGGAUUUAAAGUAGUUAUACUUUCUAACCAGAGUAGCUUCAAGAAAGAUAGGAGUAAACUUCCCGAGUUUCAAGUAAAAGUACAAGAGGUCGUUGCAAAACUCGGUCUUCCGAUUCAGGUUUUCCUGAGUCUGCAGGACGACAUGAAUAGGAAGCCAAGGACCGGACUGUGGCAGGCUCUGGAAAGGGUAAUUGCAUAA